GGCAGACAGUGGACUUACUUGCUAGAGUAACGUUGGUUACGCUCUCUCCGCGGAGGUUUUUAUCUGAAUAUAAAUCAGAAUCUCUGGGAAAGUGCUGCUGACUGUAGUUGCUGUUGUAUACCCGGAAAAAGACUAUCUGUUAGCGAUAUGUCCAUGCUUCUUCAUUUUACCAGACAAUACCGUAUACGGUGAAAUCCAUUCUGGUUUGUGGAGGUGGAGCUGUGAUAGAGCAUAAUGGUUGCGCUGGGGAACGGUCGACGUGGAGGUCGCUCUCCAUCUUUGCUGGUGGCCGCACUCAUCGCUUGCAUCCUCCUACUCGGCUUCAACUAUUGGGUCUCAAACUCCAGAAACGUUGAGCUGCAGAGUAAGCUAUUGGAGAUGAAGGAUCGCAUGAGGCUGUUGGGUGCAGACAGAGACCGAGAGCAGCAGAGCAAGAUAAAUGCAGAGGAGGAGACACGCAGAAAAAAACAACAGCUGGAUGAAGUGGAGAACACAUACCGCGAACAACAGGAGAGUGCACUCAACACCUGGAAAAAAGAAAAGGAAAAUCUAAAACUCAACAUUUCCUCCGGUGCUAAAACAGUACAGGACACGAAGAAUCAAAUGAAGUCAUUACUGGAGGAUCUCAGUAAGAUGCAGAGUGCGCUGAAGUCUUGUAAAAGUGACUUCGAUGCACUCAAUAAAAAAGCCACCAAAGACCUGACUCAGUGUGACAAACAAAUUGUGGCCAUGAAAGACGAAUGCAUUCAGAAAAUUGCAGCUGCCAAACUGGAAAAUCAAAAGAAGCCUGAAAAGGAAUCUCUUCCUGAAGCUCCACAGAAUGCUGCUGGCGUGAAGUCACAGAAAGUCUCUGAUUCAAAAGCCAAACCUGAGGUUCCUGCCACAAACCAUUCAAAUAAAAGUGUUGCAGAACCUUCAAACGCCAAGUCCAAUGUGAACUCUCAUCCCAAAAAUGAUGCUCAGCUCCAAAACAAGACAGUAGUGGAGAAAGACAAAAAAGAUGCUGCGAUUUUAAAACAAUCUCAUACGCUUACCUCCAAACCAACCAAUAAGAAUGAGACGGUCAACAAACCAGCCAAUGAAGAAGUUCCAAAAGCGGUGAAGGACAUUAAAGGAGAAUCCUCAAAGGCAGCAGGUGGGGAGAAGGAUGAAGAUACUCUGCUGGAUGAAGAAGGAAUUAUGGACGCAAAGGAAGAUGACAUAGGAUUCGGGAUUGGGGACGGGAUGGAGGAAGACGCUGGAAUGGCAGAGAGGAGGGAGGAACAUGCUGGAAUUGGGGAGGGGAAGGAGGAAGACGCCAUUAUGUACGACAAUGAGGGCGAGAUAGAGAAACAGCUCUCUAAGAUUAAAGAUGAAAAUCAAGGUGGCGGACAGGAUAUGGAGGAAGAUUUAGCUAAUUAUAAUGGUGAUGACGACAACCAGCCUGAGUCUGAGGAUGACAAACAAGCUGAGCUCGCAGGGCUCUAACAAACACACACUACUGCUCACAUGAUGUGCCUGCUGAAGCCUGUCUCAUCACAGUGCUACAGACGUUUCUACGAUGGGAGAAACAACUUUUUUACUUUAAUGAUCAUUUUGUGCUGGGUGAAUAUUGCACUUGUGAGUAAUGAAGGAUUUGCACCACACAGAAUUCAUCUCAACAGACAUUAUCGUACAUCUUACCAAGAUAGGCAUGGUAAAACAUUAUUUUACUAGUACUGACUUUGCUAUUAAACUUGAAUGGAAUGACCAUCAAUGUUAUCAAGCCAUUAAAAUAUCCUUAGCUCUUGUACAUAAACAGCAUUGCGAAGCUAUUCUAAUACGAAAUUGGACUACUUUAACUUUCGAUUGCUUUUGAUUUUCAAGUCUAUGAUUUAUUUUCUGUUUUCAAGAAACUGGAUGUCUAGACAUUUUAAAUGCUAAAAAAAAAAAAAAAAACCACAUAGGAAUGUUUGAUGGUUACAUAGGAAAAUCCAGUCUUAUAUUUGCUGUAAAAGUUUCUGAAUUGUAUUUUCAUUUUUUAUUGCUUUAGAACCUACAUUCUAAUUUAUUAAAAAAAACAAAAAAUUAUUAUAAAAGUUGGUAUAAAGUUAGUAUAAUGUUCUUCUGCAGAACACUUCAGCUCUGUUGGUCCUCACAAUACAAGUGAAUGGUGACUAGAAGUUUGAAACUCAAAAAAGCACACAGGCAGCAAAAAAAUUAUCCAUAAGACUCCAGUGGUUAAAUCCAUAUCUUCAGAAGUGAUAUGAUAGGUGUGUGGGAAACAGAUCAAUAUUUAAGUCCUUUUUUACUACCAAUCUCCACCUUUGACCAGCCCUGACCAGUAGGUGGCUGAAAAUGAAAGUAAAAGUGAAAGUGUAGAUUUAAAGUUAAAAGGGACUUAAAUAUUGAUCUGUUUCUCACCCACACCCAUCAUAUCGCUUCUGAAAACAUGGAUUUAACCACUGGAGUAGUAGGGAUUACUUUUUUGCUACCUUUGAAGCUUAAGCACAAAGUUCUAGCCACCUUUCACUUGCAUUGUGAGGACCAACAGAGCUGAAAUAUUAAUUUAAAAAUGUUUGUUUGUGUUCAGCAGAAGAAAGUAAGUAAUACACAUCUGGGAUGACAUAAGGGUGAGUAAAUGAUGAGAGAAUAUUCAUCUUUGGGUGAACUGUUCCUUUAAAAAAAGGUAUGCAGAAUGCAACGAUAAACAUUUCAAACAUGUACAAAUGAGUAAGUUACAUUGUUGUCACAUGACCUAACUCCUUUGCAUUCAGCAAGUAAUUUACAGUUUUCAUCUGAGAUAUGGUUAUUUUGCCUUUUUAAUCAGAUUUUUUUAUGAUUGUAUUUUCAUUUUUUCAUAUUAAAAACUGGAAUAUUUAAGAUAUGGAUUUCGUAUUGAUUUUGUGAUCUAAUAAAAAUUUUAGUUGCA